CUUUGUUCCUAUUGAUCCUCUUAGUUGUACAUUGUUAACUUUUUGGCUACAUUUGAACUGUUAAUAUUUGUAUUUUAUUAUAGUUUUCGUUUUUACUACACCUUCACUAAUUCCCCAUGUUUCUUCCCGAACUGCACUUAUGUUGUUUUACUUUAUACUAAGUCUGGGCGGCAGCCAUUUGGGUUUAUCCCUGCCUUUGAUUGCUUGACCUGUGUUGACUGGAAUUGUGCAUUUUGGUUGUGAAUUGAAGCACUCUUCCAGAAUUGAAAACACUCUGUGUUAUAGAGCGACCAAUUAUUACCUUUUGAACGAAUCUGUACGUGAUCUAUCCAGACAGGAUAGAAUAACAUUUAUUUGUGGUGAUUGUUUAGAUUUGAUCAAUUGAACAAUUAUUGGUUGGAUAGCUGAGUGGUUAUAUUUGUUUAGAACCGUCAUCGUACCCAAUUACUUUGUUUUGGUUUCAAUCGGGCGAGGGUGCGUAUCUAAUUCAUCCCGACAGCUGUCCUUCACUCCAAACCGUAGUUUGGAUCUUACAGUUCUAAACAAAUAUUUCGGUCGAAUUCGUUUGGCUUUCGUUUCGUUGAUUCCAAUCAUUGUCUCUGGGAAUAUUUGGUCGUUCGCUUGCGAUGCCAAACAAUCGUCGAAGGAAAUUAAGUCCAAGGCUCGUGGAUGUUAAAAGAGAUGAACAAAAGGAUGGAUCCCCUCAAUCAAGGCAAGUGCCUUUUGAUGCUUCUAUGUGUCAUGGUUCAUAUUCUAAUAGGGACGAUUGUAAUUAUAGUGAAUCUAGUUGUGAUAUAAUGGCAGAUGGCAUAGAAAACCUUAGUUUAGACGUGAAGCAAGCGAGAAGCGUGAUGCCUACGGCGCUUUUCGUAGGUCCAGAGUUACCAAAGGUUGAGUUAAGUUAUGUCGACGGUCAACCGAGAGGUUAUUGUAAGUUUUUAAUGGAGUUUGAGACCUAUGUAGAAUCAAGGGUCAAGGAUGAUGGUCAACGCUUGCUUUAUUUGGUACAUUAUUGUAAGGGUAAAGCGAAAACAGCCAUUGAGGGUUGUGUUAUGUUGGAAGCCUCUUCUGGUUAGAAGAAGGCCAAAGAAAUUCUAAAACGGUUGUUCGGACAGGCGCAUGUAAUCACUCGAGAGACACUAGAAGACUUAUUCAGUGCCGUGAAUUUUGAUUAUACUGACGGAGAGCAAGAAACAAAAUUGGCUAUUAAAAUGUAAAACUGUGCUAUGAUCUUGGAACAGAUGAAUUAUGUCUCUGAUCUAAAUUCCUUAGUUACCUUGGAAGGAAUAGUGAGACUCUUGCCUCAGCCUAUGCAAACCCAGUGGGCGGACUUGGUGGACGAAUUGACUGAAGAUAACAGGGAACCGACCUUUGACGAGCUCACUCAGUUUAUCGCAUCGCGUGCGAGAGUGGCUUGUAGUAGAUUUGGACGGUUAGCAAAUCGUUCAAGAAAAGGACAUGACGUAAAGACGAACUGUCACGUGCAAUCGGAGCAAGGGAAUAGUUCGACAACGAAAACUAAGUGCAGUAUGUGUUCCUACGACCAUGCUGUUGAUAAAUGUCCACAGCUCUUAGCGCAUACAGUUCAAGACCGAUGGUCUCACGCUAAAAGCAAGGGUAUCUGUUUUGUCUGUCUUAGACAAGGACAUAAGGUUAAUGAAUGUAAGAUGACAAGGCUCUGUAACGUUGACUGUUGUGAGAAGAGACAUCACGUUCUGCUGCACACUGACUCGACAAGCAACGUCGUAAAUGAUAAGCCAUCAUGCCCGGAAUAUAGGAAAAGAGUUGUUAACCAUACCAGUAAGGUACAGACAUUAGAGAACGAAAUACGUGAGCUUUAUGAUGUAGAGUUUUCAGAUGCUUAUUCAAGUGAUAAAUCAUUAUUAGUAGACGACAAGGCGGCUAUAAAGAUUGUGGAAGGGGGCACGCGCUUCGACAACGGUCAUUUUGUAGUUUCUAUACCGUGGAAAAAGAAUCCAAAUAUGAAAGUGGAUAAUUAUGAAGUAGCAAACCGUAGAUUACAAAGUUUGAAGGGUAUGUUGUCGAAGGAUGUCAGUCUGCACAUCAGGUAUAUCAACAGUAUUGAGAGUAAAUUUACUAAGACUUAUGCGGAGAGGGUCCUUGAAAUAUAUUUGCAGCCUAAUUAUCGCCCUCGAGGGUAUUUACCUCAUCAUGCAGUGUUAAACAUGAAGAAACCAGAAGAAUUUAGAGUGGUCCUUGAUUGUGCCGCCGAGUUUGCAGGGGUUUCCAUGAAUGAUAUGAUUUAUCAAGAACCCGAUACCACUGCUGAGUUAAUGUGCAUAUUAUUAAGUUUUUGCAAGGAGACAGUUGCAAUCCCUGCAGAUGUUGAAGAAAUGUUCAUGCAAGUGAAGUUCCCUGAGUCUGGUCGAGGAGCUUCAAGAUUUCUGUGGUGGCAGGAGGGGGACAUGUCGAGGGAACCAUCUGAGUUUCAAAUGACAACUCAUGCAUUUGGUGCCACAUCAUCGCCGUUUCGUACGAACUUUGCCUUCAAUAAGACCGCACAAAUAUUCUCUGACGAUAGUGAGUUUAGAAAAACUGCUGUGGUUAACUUGAGUAGUAUAAAGUACAACAUGUCACCUAUUCUCUCUUAUUACUCCGAGUGGUUGAAAUUAGUCAGGGCCGUAGCCUGGCUUAGAAGGUUCAUAGAAUUCCUGAUGGUACUUCGUUCCCCGAGUCAUGAAGGAUCCGUUCAUCUAGGAUGUUUAAAGGUCAAAGAGCUUGACAUCGCCAAGCGUAAAAUUUUAUUGGUGGUUCAGAAAGAAGUGUAUGGAGAAAUACUUAGUGGAUUUAAAAACAAUGGUAAAGUAGUUAGUCACAAUGAUCUGAAGAGCUUAUCACCGAUAAUGCUUGAUUGGUUACUCUGCGUUGGAGGUCGACUAAGAUACUCAGAUUUCCCAAAUGCUUUUAAACAUCCAGUAAUUUUACCCAGUCGACACUUAGUGACGGAAAUGAUAAUCAGACAUUGUCCUAAAGAACAAGGACACAUAGGAAGAUCAUUAGAAAAAGGGUAUGGAUAUGUGUUUACUUGUUUGCAAACAUGGGCAGUACAGUUUGAAAUGAUGUGUAGUUUGAUUAUAAUGGCCUUAUUACGUUGUAUUGGAAGAAGAAGGAGACCUCCGGAGAUUUACAGUGACAGUGCGUCAAGCUUCGUGGGGGCAUUUUCUGAGUUAAGGAAGUUUGUGCAUCAGUCGAAUCAGCAGAAGAUAAAUAGUGAAUUGUCAGCGAGGCCCUCAUCCAACAGCAUGGGUGGGGUUUGGGGAAGAGUGAUUAGGUCUAUACCACAAGUGUUAUUGUUGAACACCAGAGAACAAGUGAAGCAGGUCUCCUUGAAGCUUCGGAUUAGUCUUUGUUGUUAUUAAUGUAGGUAGGUCGAGUAGGCGUACUGUUGUAAGUCCUACUCGUUCCUAUAGUGUCAUAUGCUACAUAAUGAACCAUGACCAUAGGCAUCAAGGUAGCUUGUGUGAUAUGGAGGGAUUUUGGGGGCUGGUGUAAGAUCCAUUUUGAAUGCUUUGUGUUUGUGAAAAUCCCUCCAUGUAUAUACUUGCACUUUGUUCCUAUUGAUCCUCUUAGUUGUACAUUGUUAACUUUUUGGCUACAUUUGAACUGUUAAUAUUUGUAUUUUAUUAUAGUUUUCGUUUUUACUACACCUUCACUAAUUCCCCAUGUUUCUUCCCGAACUGCACUUAUGUUGUUUUACUUUAUACUAAGUCUGGGCGGCAGCCAUUUGGGUUUAUCCCUGCCUUUGAUUGCUUGACCUGUGUUGACUGGAAUUGUGCAUUUUGGUUGUGAAUUGAAGCACUCUUCCAGAAUUGAAAACACUCUGUGUUAUAGAGCGACCAAUUAUUACCUUUUGAACGAAUCUGUACGUGAUCUAUCCAGACAGGAUAGAAUAACAUUUAUUUGUGGUGAUUGGUAAUUUUCUUGCAUCCUGUAUCAACUUUCUUAUUUAUUGUAGUUUAGAUUUGAUCAAUUGAACAAUUAUUGGUUGGAUAGCUGAGUGGUUAUAUUUGUUUAGGUAAUAAUGUACACUUAAAUUUAUGAUAAAUUAUAGAACCGUCAUCGUACCCAAUUACUUUGUUUUGGUUUCAAUCGGGCGAGGGUGCGUAUCUAAUUCAUCCAGACAGCUGUCCUUCACUCCAAACCGUAGUUUGGAUCUUACAGUUCUAAACAAAUAUUUCGGUCGAAUUCGUUUGGCUUUCGUUUCGUUGAUUCCAAUCAUUGUCUCUGGGAAUAUUUGGUUGUUCGCUUGCGAUGCCAAACAAUCGUCGAAGGAAAUUAAGUCCAAGGCUCGUGGAUGUUAAAAGAGAUGAACAAAAGGAUGGAUCCCCUCAAUCAAGGCAAGUGCCUUUUGAUGCUUCUAUGUGUCAUGGUUCAUAUUCUAAUAGGGACGAUUGUAAUUAUAGUGAAUCUAGUUGUGAUAUAAUGGCAGAUGGCAUAGAAAACCUUAGUUUAGACGUGAAGCAAGCGAGAAGCGUGAUGCCUACGGCGCUUUUCGUAGGUCCAGAGUUACCAAAGGUUGAGUUAAGUUAUGUCGACGGUCAACCGAGAGGUUAUUGUAAGUUUUUAAUGGAGUUUGAGACCUAUGUAGAAUCAAGGGUCAAGGAUGAUGGUCAACGCUUGCUUUAUUUGGUACAUUAUUGUAAGGGUAAAGCGAAAACAGCCAUUGAGGGUUGUGUUAUGUUGGAAGCCUCUUCUGGUUAGAAGAAGGCCAAAGAAAUUCUAAAACGGUUGUUCGGACAGGCGCAUGUAAUCACUCGAGAGACACUAGAAGACUUAUUCAGUGCCGUGAAUUUCGAUUAUACUGACGGAGAGCAAGAAACAAAAUUGGCUAUUAAAAUGUAAAACUGUGCUAUGAUCUUGGAACAGAUGAAUUAUGUCUCUGAUCUAAAUUCCUUAGUUACCUUGGAAGGAAUAGUGAGACUCUUGCCUCAGCCUAUGCAAACCCAGUGGGCGGACUUGGUGGACGAAUUGACUGAAGAUAACAGGGAACCGACCUUUGACGAGCUCACUCAGUUUAUCGCAUCGCGUGCGAGAGUGGCUUGUAGUAGAUUUGGACGGUUAGCAAAUCGUUCAAGAAAAGGACAUGACGUAAAGACGAACUGUCACGUGCAAUCGGAGCAAGGGAAUAGUUCGACAACGAAAACUAAGUGCAGUAUGUGUUCCUACGACCAUGCUGUUGAUAAAUGUCCACAGUUCUUAGCGCAUACAGUUCAAGACCGAUGGUCUCACGCUAAAAGCAAGGGUAUCUGUUUUGUCUGUCUUAGACAAGGACAUAAGGUUAAUGAAUGUAAGAUGACAAGGCUCUGUAACGUUGACUGUUGUGAGAAGAGACAUCACGUUCUGCUGCACACUGACUCGACAAGCAACGUCGUAAAUGAUAAGCCAUCAUGCCCGGAAUAUAGGAAAAGAGUUGUUAACCAUACCAGUAAGGUACAGACAUUAGAGAACGAAAUACGUGAGCUUUACGAUGUAGAGUUUUCAGAUGCUUAUUCAAGUGAUAAAUCAUUAUUAGUAGACGACAAGGCGGCUAUAAAGAUUGUGGAAGGGGGCACGCGCUUCGACAACGGUCAUUUUGUAGUUUCUAUACCGUGGAAAAAGAAUCCAAAUAUGAAAGUGGAUAAUUAUGAAGUAGCAAACCGUAGAUUACAAAGUUUGAAGGGUAUGUUGUCGAAGGAUGUCAGUCUGCACAUCAGGUAUAUCAACAGUAUUGAGAGUAAAUUUACUAAGACUUAUGCGGAGAGGGUCCUUGAAAUAUAUUUGCAGCCUAAUUAUCGCCCUCGAGGGUAUUUACCUCAUCAUGCAGUGUUAAACAUGAAGAAACCAGAAGAAUUUAGAGUGGUCCUUGAUUGUGCCGCCGAGUUUGCAGGGGUUUCCAUGAAUGAUAUGAUUUAUCAAGAACCCGAUACCACUGCUGAGUUAAUGUGCAUAUUAUUAAGUUUUUGCAAGGAGACAGUUGCAAUCCCUGCAGAUGUUGAAGAAAUGUUCAUGCAAGUGAAGUUCCCUGAGUCUGGUCGAGGAGCUUCAAGAUUUCUGUGGUGGCAGGAGGGGGACAUGUCGAGGGAACCAUCUGAGUUUCAAAUGACAACUCAUGCAUUUGGUGCCACAUCAUCGCCGUUUCGUACGAACUUUGCCUUCAAUAAGACCGCACAAAUAUUCUCUGACGAUAGUGAGUUUAGAAAAACUGCUGUGGUUAACUUGAGUAGUAUAAAGUACAACAUGUCACCUAUUCUCUCUUAUUACUCCGAGUGGUUGAAAUUAGUCAGGGCCGUAGCCUGGCUUAGAAGGUUCAUAGAAUUCCUGAUGGUACUUCGUUCCCCGAGUCAUGAAGGAUCCGUUCAUCUAGGAUGUUUAAAGGUCAAAGAGCUUGACAUCGCCAAGCGUAAAAUUUUAUUGGUGGUUCAGAAAGAAGUGUAUGGAGAAAUACUUAGUGGAUUUAAAAACAAUGGUAAAGUAGUUAGUCACAAUGAUCUGAAGAGCUUAUCACCGAUAAUGCUUGAUUGGUUACUCUGCGUUGGAGGUCGACUAAGAUACUCAGAUUUCCCAAAUGCUUUUAAACAUCCAGUAAUUUUACCCAGUCGACACUUAGUGACGGAAAUGAUAAUCAGACAUUGUCCUAAAGAACAAGGACACAUAGGAAGAUCAUUAGAAAAAGGGUAUGGAUAUGUGUUUACUUGUUUGCAAACAUGGGCAGUACAGUUUGAAAUGAUGUGUAGUUUGAUUAUAAUGGCCUUAUUACGUUGUAUUGGAAGAAGAAGGAGACCUCCGGAGAUUUACAGUGACAGUGCGUCAAGCUUCGUGGGGGCAUUUUCUGAGUUAAGGAAGUUUGUGCAUCAGUCGAAUCAGCAGAAGAUAAAUAGUGAAUUGUCAGCGAGGCCCUCAUCCAACAGCAUGGGUGGGGUUUGGGGAAGAGUGAUUAGGUCUAUACCACAAAUGUUAUUGUUGAACACCAGAGAACAAGUGAAGCAGGUCUCCUUGAAGCUUCGGAUUAGUCUUUGUUGUUAUUAAUGUAGGUAGGUCGAGUAGGCGUACUGUUGUAAGUCCUACUCGUUCCUAUAGUGUCAUAUGCUACAUAAUGAACCAUGACCAUAGGCAUCAAGGUAGCUUGUGUGAUAUGGAGGGAUUUUGGGGGCUGGUGUAAGAUCCAUUUUGAAUGCUUUGUGUUUGUGAAAAUCCCUCCAUGUAUAUACUUGCACUUUGUUCCUAUUGAUCCUCUUAGUUGUACAUUGUUAACUUUUUGGCUACAUUUGAACUGUUAAUAUUUGUAUUUUAUUAUAGUUUUCGUUUUUACUACACCUUCACUAAUUCCCCAUGUUUCUUCCCGAACUGCACUUAUGUUGUUUUACUUUAUACUAAGUCUGGGCGGCAGCCAUUUGGGUUUAUCCCUGCCUUUGAUUGCUUGACCUGUGUUGACUGGAAUUGUGCAUUUUGGUUGUGAAUUGAAGCACUCUUCCAGAAUUGAAAACACUCUGUGUUAUAGAGCGACCAAUUAUUACCUUUUGAACGAAUCUGUACGUGAUCUAUCCAGACAGGAUAGAAUAACAUUUAUUUGUGGUGAUUGGUAAUUUUCUUGCAUCCUGUAUCAACUUUCUUAUUUAUUGUAGUUUAGAUUUGAUCAAUUGAACAAUUAUUGGUUGGAUAGCUGAGUGGUUAUAUUUGUUUAGGUAAUAAUGUACACUUAAAUUUAUGAUAAAUUAUAGAACCGUCAUCGUACCCAAUUACUUUGUUUUGGUUUCAAUCGGGCGAGGGUGCGUAUCUAAUUCAUCCAGACAGCUGUCCUUCACUCCAAACCGUAGUUUGGAUCUUACAGUUCUAAACAAAUAUUUCGGUCGAAUUCGUUUGGCUUUCGUUUCGUUGAUUCCAAUCAUUGUCUCUGGGAAUAUUUGGUCGUUCGCUUGCGAUGCCAAACAAUCGUCGAAGGAAAUUAAGUCCAAGGCUCAUGGAUGUUAAAAGAGAUGAACAAAAGGAUGGAUCCCCUCAAUCAAGGCAAGUGCCUUUUGAUGCUUCUAUGUGUCAUGGUUCAUAUUCUAAUAGGGACGAUUGUAAUUAUAGUGAAUCUAGUUGUGAUAUAAUGGCAGAUGGCAUAGAAAACCUUAGUUUAGACGUGAAGCAAGCGAGAAGCGUGAUGCCUACGGCGCUUUUCGUAGGUCCAGAGUUACCAAAGGUUGAGUUAAGUUAUGUCGACGGUCAACCGAGAGGUUAUUGUAAGUUUUUAAUGGAGUUUGAGACCUAUGUAGAAUCAAGGGUCAAGGAUGAUGGUCAACGCUUGCUUUAUUUGGUACAUUAUUGUAAGGGUAAAGCGAAAACAGCCAUUGAGGGUUGUGUUAUGUUGGAAGCCUCUUCUGGUUAGAAGAAGGCCAAAGAAAUUCUAAAACGGUUGUUCGGACAGGCGCAUGUAAUCACUCGAGAGACACUAGAAGACUUAUUCAGUGCCGUGAAUUUCGAUUAUACUGACGGAGAGCAAGAAACAAAAUUGGCUAUUAAAAUGUAAAACUGUGCUAUGAUCUUGGAACAGAUGAAUUAUGUCUCUGAUCUAAAUUCCUUAGUUACCUUGGAAGGAAUAGUGAGACUCUUGCCUCAGCCUAUGCAAACCCAGUGGGCG